UUACCGCCGUUUUCUAGUCUCAAAAUGAAGCCCUCUACUACUCUCAACAACCUAGAUGACGAUCUCGUCAUCAAGAUUCUCUGGCAUAAGCAGCCCACGCCUAGGAAAUCUCACGCAGACAGAUUGUGGGAGUCUUGAGACCCGGAUCGGAAACCCAUCUACGAAUGGCGAUCUGUCCGUAUUGACGUGGACGAUAUGUACGCGAGCCCUGUUCCAAUCCCGCCUGCCGUCGCGGACGCCGCUUUAAGUCUCUUUAACGCGUCCGUCUGCCAUCGAUGGCGGGAACUUGCAAAAAAAUACAUCUCCACGCUUGCGGUCCGAGAAGACGGUCCGAGGAGACGCUGCUGUGUCCCGUGACGAUCUCGCCAUCGCUGUGUAUAGAUUUCCAAACCUGGCGCAUCUCUACUUGAGCGACAGUAGCGUAGAAGCACUGAACGACAAUCUCCUGGACCGGCUAGCCUCGUCAUGCCCUAAACUGACCGCUCUCCACGUGGGAUGGAAAUCCUUGCAGAAGAACGAACGUGACAGAUGGCUUGGAGGCAAACGGCUUGGAUCUGCUCAAACUGUGGAUCCUGGCAGGACUGGCAGGAGGGAGGAGUACCCGAUCAGGCCAGUCGGCCUGGACCAGCUCUUCCAGAAGUGCCCGGGACUUCAGCAGCUGUCUCUUUCCGCUUCCCACAAGGAUGGAGAGUUACCAGCUUCGUUCUUUCAGCUGAAGCAUCUGCAAGCGCUACUUCUCACGGAUGCUGCAGCCUUGGAGAAUCCUGGAUUCAAACUCCUUUCUGCGCCCACCUUUCCCUCCCUACCCUCUUUCAAAUUCACCAGCCCUUUUCUCCUUCACACAUGGCGCUGCCGCCUUCCCUUCAAUCGCUGAAAUUCUUGGAAUCCUGUCCUCAGCUCGACUCCAUCCUUCUCUCAGCAUCGUCAUGCACCAGCAUUCAUCCUCGGUUAGUGGAGCUGCUGGUUACCAGGUGCGACCAGCUGCAUCGCCUUCCAGGCGGCCUAGGAGAGCUGCUGCUGCCCUGCCUGCGGAAACUCACCCUUCGCGGCUGCGAAUCCCUGGUGGAACUUCCUGAAGAUUUCACGUCUCUCACCCGGUUGGAAAAUUUGUCAUUUCCUGCUCUCCCAUCCUUAGUGACUUUUGAGUCGACUCAAAAGUCACUUCGAGGCUGCGAGUCCCUGGUGGAACUUCCUGACGACUUCACUUCUCUCACCCGACUGGAAUCAUUUGUCAUUUCUGGCUCUCCCUUCCUUUCCAGCCUACCGCGGAAUUUCGGCCAAAUGCCGGCCCUUAAAGUCUUGGUGUUGGAGUCUCUGGCGCUCUCCGCCCUCCCUAACUCCCUCUGCCGCCUCAAUUCACUCGAGGCGCUGUUCUUAAUGAACUGCGACGAGAUUGUGCACCUGCCAGCGGAGUUUUCCCGCCUGACUGCCCUCAAAUCGCUGUGCCUUGUGGGCAUGCGUUGGUUGGUGCUGCCAGAAGAGAUUGGAGAGCUCCCUGGUCUCCUGGCUUUCCACAUGUCUGAGAACGAGCAAGAGCUUCUCCCCGAGCAAGUGCUUCUCCCCAAGCAAGUGCUUCUCCCCCCCUCAUUUUCCCAGCUCUCCUCCUUGACAGAUCUUGAGUUCCUUAGCUGCAACAUUCGGACACUUCCCGAGGGCAUGUAGGCGCCGCAGAACAUGCGGGGGGUGCGAUUCUUUGACUGUUUUAAGCUCAAGCAUCUUGCAGACUCCUUUGCGAGACUCACUCGGCUUGAAUCCCUCAGGUUCGAACUUCACAUGACAGGGGAUGAGCCUUCUCAGCUCCGUUCAGUGCCCAAGAAUCUGGGCAAUCUUGGGAGGCUGAAAGUGCUGACAUUCUCGGGCUGUGACAUGCUUACGGAAUUUCCAAAGCGGCUGCCAGGGUCACUUGAGGUGCUGCGACUGGGAAAUUUGAGUCAGGAAACUGCACUUCCGGAUUUCUCUCUGCUGCCAAAUCUAAGGGACUUGGUGCUACAUCUGCCUAGGGUGGAGAGACGAGUGGUAAUUACCAGGAGCUUGCGCCAGCUGGAAAGCUUGUACCUGCAACUGAAAGACAGUGCAAGAGUGAUCCCAUUCCCGCUGACCCUCCCGCGGCUGAAGCUGCUGAGAGUCUCAUCAGCUGGGCUGAUGAGGCUUCUGGAGAACAUUGGGUCGAUACUACCGCAGCUGCAGCAACUGAGGAUUGAGAAGAACGCUCACUGAAGAGGCUGCCAGAGAGCCUUACUGAGCUGCAGAACCUCACAUUCUUGGAGGUUUAUUCACAUGGCUGUGAGGAUGUGCUGCUGCAGUGGCUACUAUACCUGCUUCUCCUUUCCUUGCUUGUCUCUCCUCGUCCUUGCUUAUCUCUCCUCUCCCUUGCUGACAGAGCUGUUGUUUGUUCCCCUGCAGGUGCAAUGCAAACGCCUUGUGU